AUGUUUGCAUUUGCGUGGACCGCCUGUCAUCUGUGGGUUCAGCAGUGCAGAGUGCAGUGUGGGAGACCGGCGUGUGAACAGGUGGACGACAGCUCUGUCUGGGGGCCUUCUCAAGCCACCUUCCCUGAAACAGCCCCACCCCGCCGCAGCGCCCACCGCAGCUCGGCGCCCUUCGGAGCACUCACCACCACCUGCACCAUGCCUGUGUUAGCUGCUGAGGACACGGGGGACACCGUCUCGGCCUUCCUGGAGGCGGAGGGAAAGGAGACAGAAAGGCCACUACACAGCCCUGAAGAACUGUCACCGUCCCUUAUUAAAGACACAAGGGUAGCUGUGGUCUGGAACCGCUGGAGUUACUUGAGAGGAGGUUUGCAGGAGAGGUUUGAGGAAGGCGCUCCAAUUGGUGAACUUGAACCAGAUCAGCCAGACAAUAACUGUCUGCUGAUUGAAGCUACCUACUUUACGGUGCUGUUUAUGCCCAGCGUGGCCCCCCAACCCGCGUACGCCCCCCUCACCGGGUCCGAGGGCGACUUGCGAAGCACCUCGGCGCGGAGGCAGGGAACCCUAGCCUUGGAUCGCCCCAACUUCUCGUCUGCUGCCCGCCCGCGCCUGGAACGGGGCUUGGAGAUCCCCGCGAACUCAGAGACCGAACAGCAGAGGACAGAAGCGGCAAGCAGCGGACGUGGCCGCGAAGCGGCGCGCCGGGGUGCAGCGCACCCGCCGCGGAAUAGGGGAGCCGCGCCUUCCACCAACCCUCGGUUUCAACCUCGGGCGCCCGCCGGUCCUCCUCAGCCCCGCUCAGCUCCCGGCUCGGGGGCGGGCACCAGUGAUGCCGAGCGGAGUUUCCAGUCCUCCGACCCGCUGAAGAAGCAGGAUCCGCUUGCUGGGGCCGACGGGGACUGA